UAUGUUUUUUUAUUUUAUUAAUUUUUAAGAAUUUAGCCCAUUGUUGUAUAUGUUCAUUUUUGUAAAUCUUGUUCUUUGUCAUUUUGUAAAUUCACUCUUUAUAUUUCUUACUUUAUAAAUAAUUUUAUUUUUGGGACCAAGAUUUUAGUUCUUUUUUUUUUUUUUGUAUUUUUUUGUAAACCAGAUUUUAGUUCUAUUAUAUAUGUCUUGCAAGAUACCUAUCCACCAAAAACUUCAACCUUCCCACCUGCUAUAAAAAGCAAGUCUAGUGUCUAGUGACAUUCUUGGCUUCAAUCUCUAUUAUUACCUUUCAAAACUAACAAAAAAUUGAUAAGGACACUAAAAGAAGAAUGUAAUGAUUUGUUUUGUGCAAAUAUAACCUUUGUUUAAAAACAAAGCAAAUCCUCUCAUUGAAGUAAUGCAUAUAUGCUCUGUCCUGAUUUGAUCUACAAAGUGAAAAAGGUCAUAGCAAAGGUAAGAAAUGUUGGGACAUACUAGGCAGGCUACUUACUAGCAAGUGGUGAAGAUUAGACGCAUAAAUAAACAUAUAAGAUAAUUUUUGACAAAAAAAACAUAUGACAUACAAAUUUUGACAAUGAGAUUUUAGGUCUGAAAAUUGGUUAUGGAUUGUAAAUUAUAAACAAAUUUGCCUUUAAGAAAUGAAAUCUAUGAGUAUUGUUAAUCUUUAUCCAAUAAUAAACGGUGAGAGACAUAUGAAUCUUUCUCUUUUUCUUUAAAUCCAACUUUAACCCAUUCAUAAAACGAAAAAGUAUAAAUAUAUCUUUAUAGAAGGCUCACAAUCAAGCCUCCAUAUCUUUCUCUUUCCCACUAAUCCCAUGAAAGUCUCAGCUUAUAAAAGGUGAGCACUUGGCAGUUCCCUAUACAACAAUCCACUUCACCACACCAAUUAGUCUUGCAACCCAAGUUUCCACUUCUUCCUCAACCACGACGUCCUCCAUAUUCCUCUAUUAAUAUUCUCUUGAAAAUUAUCACAAAAAGCAAACUUUAGAGUGUGACAUAUCCCCACACAACAACAAACAACAACAACAACAACAAUGGCGAAAUCUGCAACUCUCUUCCUUCUCUGUUUCACUAUCUCAGCCUUCUUAUCCUCCUCCUUCACUGAUGGAGCUCAGCUUAUAUUAGUGAAUAACUGCCAGGAGAGCAUAUGGCCAGGAAUCCUCGGCGGCGGAGGCCAAAUCACACCGAGAAACGGCGGAUUCCACAUGGGAAGCGGCGAAGAAACCAUAAUAGACGUACCGGAUAAAUGGUCCGGACGAAUCUGGGGUCGACAAGGCUGCACCUUUAACCAAAACGGAAAAGGCUCAUGCCAAACCGGAGAUUGCAACGGCGGUUCACUCAAUUGCCAAGGAACCGGCGGUGUACCACCAGCAACCGUCGUGGAAAUGACAUUAGGCUCAUCUUCCUCGCCGCUUCAUUUCUACGACGUAAGUCUCGUCGACGGAUUCAAUCUCCCUGUGUCGAUGAAACCAAUCGGCGGUGGAGUUGGAUGUGGUGUUGCGGCUUGUGAAGUGAAUUUGAAUAUUUGUUGUCCAUCGGCUUUGGAAGUUAAGAGAGAUGGUAAAGUGGUUGGUUGCAAAAGUGCUUGCUUGGCGAUGCAAUCGGCUAAGUACUGUUGUACCGGAGAAUAUGCGAAUCCUCAGGCGUGUAAGCCGACUCUGUUCGCUAAUCUGUUUAAAGCGAUUUGUCCUAAGGCUUAUAGUUAUGCGUUUGAUGAUUCUAGUAGUUUGAAUAAGUGUAGGGCUUCUCGUUAUGUUAUCACUUUCUGUCCUCCAAAGUGAGCUUUUGGGGUUUGUAUUGUUAUGUUUAUCAUGCAGUUGCUUGAUUUGGUAUUUGUACGGUCUGGUUUUUAGUUUAUUGAAUGAGAAAAUGAGGAAAUUUGAACUGAAAA